CCUCCUACCAGGCAAGCGGCAUUUUUUUAACAGCAACUCCACACACCACAUGUACUCUUAGCUGAGAGAACACAGCACUGGCAGGCCACCAAGAAAGUGUGUUUAUUAUCCUUAACCUGGAAAACAGGUUUUUCGGUUUCUUUCCGCUUCCCAAAACCAUGGAGAUAGGUGAAUCGGCUAUGCUAAAUUGCUCCUCGGUGUGAAGUAGUAUGUGAACGCAUGUGUGAACGGAGUGCCAGAGAUGGACUCGUGUCCCAUCCAGGGUGAAUUCUUCCACCCUGUGCCCAGUGUUCCCAGGAUAGGCUCCAGAUCCAACAUGACCCUGACCAGGAUGACAAGUGGUUACUGAAGAUGAAUGAAUGAUAAAUAAAACCCUGUUUGAGAGGAUUGCAGGGAGCAGGUGGCACUCAGCGGAAAGGAAGACCUGCCAGGAGCGAGUUGCAUUAAUCCAAUCUUGAGAUGACAAGAGACUGAACAAGCACUUAAGUGGCCUCAGUAGAGAGAAAUGGCAGGAUCCUCCUGAUGUUGUAUGCAACUGAGUCACGCUAUCAGUGUGAGGAGAGUAGGAUGGUUGGUGUCCAGAACUACCUCAAGGUUGAGUGUGUUGUCGGAUGAUCCAAGAGUUCUUCAAGGAGAUCACAAGAUCUUGACAUGGGGAUACAUUUCCAGAGAUCUACUGAAGUUUGCAUAUACAGCAAAAAAUAACAAAUUUUAUCUCACUGUCCUAUAAACUGGGCUUUGACAUCAGUGAUCAUGGUAUUGUGGAUCUUCAGAUCAGGAGGUUGCCUGGGACCUAAAGUAUAUUCUGAGGCGCCAGAUGGUGGCUGGGGUUGGAUUGUGGCUGUGGCCUUUUUUAUUGUUGAGGUCUUCACAUAUGGAGUCAUUAAAAGCUUUGGCAUAUUCCUCAACGAUCUGAUGUGCGAGUUUAAUGAAACCAACAGUCGCGUUUCAUGGAUAAUCUCAAUAUGUGUGUUUGUAAUGACUUUUACAGCACCUCUGUCGACUGGGCUGAGCAACAGAUUUGGCUACCAGCCUGUUGUGAUCCUCGGAGGAUUUCUAAUUUGCCUGGGAACAAUAUGCACUGCAUUCACCAGCUGCGUGAAUCAGAUUUACAUCACAAUCGGGAUAGUUUCAGGACUUGGUUACUGUUUGACAUUUCUCCCGACUGUCACCGUCUUGUCUCAAUACUUCGUUAGACGCCGGUCCCUGGUCACUGCCAUGGCCUCCACAGGAGAAUCGUUUGCCAUAUUUGCUUUUGCACCAGCGUUUACAGCACUUAAGACACAUAUUGGCUGGAGAUACACAAUGGUGGUGCUUGGAAUGUUACAGGGUACCAUCCUUGUCUGUGGACUUCUGCUUCGCCCCAUGAUAAUCAAGCCAAAGAGUACAGAAAGAUUUACCAAACCACUGAGAAAGCAGGAGAUCAAGAACUCUCUCCCUGAUACUGAAAUCAAUGGCUUAAUGAAUUCCAGAGACUCGGGUGUGCAGUCAUUCAAGGAGAUGGAACAGGGCCUUCAAAUAGGGGGCCAGCAAAAAGAUGGAGACGCUUUUCAGACUCCUCAACGUCAACAGGAUACAAAGAGGCUGUGCAGAAACAAACUCCUGGACCUUUCUGUGUUAAAGGAAGGCAGCUUCUUAUGUUAUGCUGGAUUUGGUCUUUUUGCAACACUGGGCUUCUUUGCCCCACAGCUAUAUGUGGUGGAGCUCAGUGCGAGUAUGGGGACUGAAAGGGACAAGGCAGCCUACAUGUUGUCAAUAAUGGCAGUGGCCGAGAUCUUUGGACGUCUCUCUAUUGGCUGGAUCCUGAGCUGUGGACACAUUAGGAAGAUAUUUGUCCUACUUGGAUGUGUGUUGCUGAUGUGUCUAGUGUUAGUGCUCUUCACAGUGGUAGAGGGCUUCGGGGGCCUGGCAGUCUGCUGCGUCCUGUAUGGCUUCCUGUUAGGCAAUAUUGCAUCCACGCACAUCCCCAUGCUGGCUGAGGAUGACAUAGUAGGCAUCGACAGAAUGCCCUUAGCUGUAGGUGUCUAUGUAUGUAUCCAGAGCUUUGCGGGACUUGCUGGGCCACCUUUAGGAGGUCUUUUGGUGGACAUCACACAGAACUACAGCUCUGCUUUUUACUCCUGUGCUGCUGGUACAGGGAUGGGCGCACUCUUUCUAGGGCUGGUACGUCCAGUGAAGACAGGUUUUCUGUGCACAAAGAAAGAUCUCAGCACUUGCCAAAACAGCCUUGCUGCUGAGCACAAGGGUCAGGAUGAAGUCAUGUCUGAGGAAUUUCUAGAGGUAGACAUUCUACCUAACCCACAAGGUCAAUCCUGGAAAGAAACAGUCCCCUCUUUGGACUUGAUUGGCAAAAUUUCAGAAACUGGCAAACGUGAGGAUAUCUGAGCAUGGAACAGCAUCAAGCUGCAUGUCACAUUGAGCCCAAAGUGAGGUAAAUCUGAUUUAUCACUUGUAUUCAAAAACAAUAACUACUUACAAAGAACAGCCUAAAAAACUAGCCUACCCUUACACAUAUCACAUCAAUCAAUCAUAAUGUGCCUUAGAAAGAGGUGUAAAUUUGGAAUAUUUAUGAUAGUAGUAGCUUGAGUAUGAGGCUGUUGUUCUCUGCUCCUGUCUGUGAGGCAGAUCACCUUCAUGUCUAUAUUCAGCCAUAUCAGGUAAGAUUUCAGAUUGGCCAGGAGGUCCACCUUAUAUGUCCAGUCAUAUAGAACAAUUCUUUUAAACUACAAAGCUCUUGUUGAGAAGCCUCACUGUUCCCCUGCUCCAACACACACCAGAUCUUUAAUUAUUCAUGAAAUCGACAAUGAGUUGAAUCAUGUGCAUUAAAUCCAGCUAAAAAUCUCUUUAUAACGUAACAAGACAAAACUAACAAAACUGAUAAAAAGCACACUGGGUACCAGUCACAGAAUGCUAAGACCUCCAGUAGACAGCUGGAACUGAAAUCCUGAUGUUGAUUAAUAUUUAAUUUAAAUACAAAAUAUGCAGAAUCUAAGUACUACUUAAAAUAUUUGUUUUAAUGGAACAAUUAAUUAUGAUGAAACAAAACCUCAAAUUACCUGCACCUUCCAUAUGGUAGUACACUUCUAGUGUACAUGAACAAAUAAGCAUUUUUUACAUGGACAAUAUAAUUUUACUUAGUACUUAAUUAUAAUGGAAAUUAUGCUAAAAAACCACAUUGCCACUUUUCAGUUAGAUAAUAACUUGCCAUAUUACACAGUGUUUAAUAAUGUAAGAUUCAAGGUUAUUAUUAUCUAAAUAAAGUAGGACUUGUUUAGAGGAGGUUGCAUAAUUCAGGGUGUAAAUGAACAAGAUUAGGGGAGAACGGGGUAAGUUGUCAUGUCAGUUGUCACACUGUUCAUGUCCAACACUAGAGGUGCUAACUCAAAAAUGAGAUGCGUGACUUCAUGUUCCGAGAUCAAUUUCCUGUUCACAUGUGGUCAAAGUCACUCUUAAGGAUGAAUGUUCAUAUUUUUAUUUUGACAGUGAGUAGAGAAGAGAAUAAAGUGGUCUUAUGUUAUUUUAGCCUUGAGAUAUAGCCACCAUUAGCAUACGUUAGUUUCAGGCACAUGCCCUGGUAUAUAAAUUGACAAAUAAAACUUGCUCAAAAAUCA